AUGCUCGAGGCUCGUCAUGCCUGGGAUGGGGCCCUGCUGCAGCGGACACAGGGAGAGUCGCUGUGGUCGCCCCGGCCACCGAAUUCCUUGUUCUACCUGCGCGCGGCUGGCCGCUUCCACCGCCAGGGAUGCAGUCCCCACUGUCACAGCCUUGAGACGCGGGCCGCGUGCGGUGAGGAUGGAUCGGUUCCCCCAGAGCCGGCAGUGCCGGGCCCUACUGAGCACAGCGGGCUGGCUGUGGUGGCCUCUCUGCCCUGGCCCUCCCAGAUCACCUUCUAUGAGGGCCAACACUUCACGGGGCGGAAGCUGGAGGUCUUCGGGGACUGCGACAACUUCCAGGACCGAGGCUUUAUGAACCGGGUCAACUCCAUCCGCGUGGAGAGCGGGGCGUGGGUCUGCUUCGAUCACCCUGACUUCCGGGGCCAGCAGUUCAUUCUGGAGCACGGCGACUACCCCGACUUCUUCCGCUGGAACGGCCACAAUGACCACAUGGGCUCCUGUCGGCCUGUGGGGAUGCACGGAGAGCACUUCCGCAUAGAAAUCUUCGAGGGCUGCAACUUCACAGGCCAGAGCCUGGAGCUGGUGGAGGACUGCCCCUUCCUGCAGAGCCGCGGCUGGCCCAAGAGCUGCGUCAACGCCGCCAAGGUGUACGGGGAUGGAGCGUGGGUGCUGUACGAGGAGCCCAACUACCGCGGCCGCAUGUUCCUGCUGGAGCGCGGCGACUUCCGCGGCUUCUCCGACUGGGAGGCGCACAGCGGCCGCGUGCAGUCGCUGCGCAGGGUCGUCAACUUCUUCUAGCCGCGGGCGGCGAGCGCGGGAAUAAAGUGCUGGAGCGGC